CCGGCAACACGUCGCCGUGGGUGGCCUGACCAAGCUCUCCGUGGGAUCAGAAGGAUCUCAGUUUGGCCGACACGUUCAGCAGCGAGCUGUGCAUCAUCUCCUAGUGUUAAGACCAUCAUACCUCAUACACAAAUCAAGUGUAUAUUUACCGAGUCUGGAACCAAGAUUGCUAUUGAAUACCUGAACAGGUCCUGUACGUUAGCGGUCCUUUGCGAUAGAGCCGUUUUCUCCACUUGGACGCACCGGUGUGUUGCAGUGCAGGGUAGGGUUGACAUGGAAGACACACCAUUUGCGCUUAGAGCUGGCUCUUCUGCCAUCGCUAAGAGACAGUCUGUGGAUAAUGUGCCUGCAGCUUUGCGUGCUGGGUCUCCAAGCAUCGUGUCGCCCAUCUCAGCCUCGCGACCACCUCUCACUCGAAAGAACACAUCCGGGUCAGACAGGCUUUCGCAGCUGUUCCCCUCUCGAUCGUCUUCAACCGCGCCUAUAAGUCCCCUAGACACACCUCUGCUAUCAAAGCGGAACUCGUUUCCCUCUCCCAUUACUCCUCCCGUCGAUCCUACGUAUAACAUCCCGCGUGCACCGGCACCGCCGUCUUUCUCCGACGAUACAUCCUAUAGUUCGACGCCCGAUGCAUUCAGCCCGACCGGGGCGCAUCAGGCUUCACAAACUCGUAACGGCGCACAUCGCUUCAUAAACCGUUUAGCGUCGCUCAGAAAUCCUAGAUCUAGGGGUGGAGAAUAUAACAAGCUGGACGAUGAGGAAUCGAGAUUUGACAGAGAUAGACUCGGGAAUGUCGCCGAGGUGGAUGAGCCCAUAGGGUAUGACCUGAGUGGUAUAGAUGGUUCAAUUUCCAUGGACAACAUCAACACCCGUCGGGGCGUACUGAGCGCAACAGAUGCCGGAGGGCAGGAGGAAGACUUGAACGAGGCAGGCUACGCCGCGGAAUAUGAGCGACUCGAGGCCCAGCUCGGCGCAGGCAUGGCUACUGUCAUGGAAAUACAACAACCCGCCGGUCACGGCCCGUCAUCCAGGGAACACGCAGAGAAUGGCCAUCGGAGGGUGCUAUCCGACCCCAAGAUAGCGCAGCACGAAGCUGAGAAAACGGGCGAGAUAGUUGCGAUUACAGAGAUUACGGUGGAUAUAAGUGAUCUGACGAACGAUAAUCACGACAUGGAAACACGUAGUGCCCUUACUGUAUCGCAGAAAGAUGAUAACGAAAAGAGUUACUACUUUCCGCCUGAUCCGGAAAAACCAUCAUGGCGACCAUUUUGGAUGGGCUGGCCAUGGCUUUCCUUUCUCGUGCUUAUUGCGCUGAUUCUGGCUGGCCUUCAAGAGUUCAUAUGCCAGCUAUCACUGCGCAAAGUUAGGGAAGACCCUGAGGGUGGACUGAUCCAGUUUACGAAAGCCAAAGAAUUGACGGUCAUUGCGUACUUUACAUGGAAAUAUGCGCCGAUACUGUUCUUCAUCAUAUACGGUAUCUUCUGGCAGAUCACGGAUUUUGAAGUCAAGAGAUUGGAGCCUUACUAUCAGCUUUCCAAGGAGAAUGGGGCCACAGCAGCCGAAUCUCUCAACAUGGAUUACCUUACAUUCAUGAGCUGGCUUGUACCAUUGAGGGCGCUGCGGCACAAACAAUAUGCCGUGAUCUAUGUAUCCUUGGCUACUCUCAUAUCUAGUAGUCUGGUACCCGUAUUGCAAUCGGCAUCUGUGGAAAUGUAUCCCCCUCGUAAAGAGCGUAAGAGCGAAGGCAUGAAAUCCAUUCGAAUAGAUCCAGCUUGGUCAAGAGGAGUCACCGUUUCCUUAGUAUUUGUCGCCAUCUUUGGUCUUGUGCUCAUGCGCGACAUGCGUCGCAAGAGCGGGCUACUCUCCAAUCCCAAAGGCAUAGCUGGUAUCGCGGCCAUGGCUACCAAAUCCCACAUUCUGACAGACUUCCGCGGCUUGGACACUGCGCCAUUAGAAAAAAUCCACAAGCAGCUCCGCCAUCGACGCUACAAUCUUCACAAGAGUGCUCUUUGGCAGGGUGAGUUCAUUCGCAACAGCACGGAGAAGAUCCCGGAUACUGGGUCCGAUCCACGCCCGCUUAUGCUUCGGCUGAGGGCCGGGAUACCUUAUAUCUGCUAUUUGUUCGUGUUCAUGGUCGCGAUUCCCUCGCUGCUGUUCAUCAAAGGGGCAGACAUUGUGGUUGAGAAACUGCCAUUCCUCUUAACUGCGCUGGCUACCGCCGUCAAAGUGCUUUGGGGCACUCUCAACAACGACGUCCGCAUGCUCGAGCCUUUCUACAUCCUCGCGCAAGGCCAUGCUCCCCCCAAGAUCCUCACUCUCGACUACACUGGCACCAACCCCAUCUUCCUCCCCGUCGAAGCCUUAAUGAACAAGCACUAUCUCGUCAGCCUCGUCGGUACAGGCGCCAUCAUGGCCGAAGUCCUAACAGUCUGCGUGUCGGGCUUCUCCGUCAACGGCCAAAAGUUCAUCGCCGGCCACGGUGGCGAAGGCAAAACAGAAGAAGACGACCAAUGGGACCGCGCCAACACUGACCAAACCUUCACCUCCUUCUGGACGUCCUUUUGUCUCUCCAUCGCCAUUCUCAUCUUCCUCAUUUCUGUUGCUGUCGCUGUGUAUCUCCGGCGCUCUCAUAAGUUCAUGCCCCGCCAGAUCGGCACCAUGGCGUCUGUGCUCGCAUUUAUCCAUCAGAGUAAGAUGUUGGUGAACUUUGUGGAUACCGAGGAGAUGGAUAGUUCGCAGAUGACGCGGCAUCUGGAGCGGAAGGGGAAAACGUAUUCGUUGGGUUGGUUUUCGGGAAGGGACGGUGAUGAUCAUUGUGGGAUUGAUGAGGAUCCGGUACUUGCGCCGUAUCAGUAUGGGAAGGAUUGGACGAAGACAAGACUUUUGGGUCACCAGGUUGGGACUUGGGAACACUACUAAUAUGUACUUUUAGUCGCAACUAGGGGAGAGUUUUAAGCUUGCAUAGGUUCCGCAUUUCACUGGUCUUACAUUGUAAUGUACAUAUCGACGUGAAUUCCGACCAAGAUAAUAUCAUGCCACGAACUUGAAAGGAACUCGUGCAAAAGAAGAUAUCUCGCACCCUCCCAUCGCGCAUCUCCUCAUUACCCAAGUGAGCAAAUCACCACAUCCCUCUUACCCAAAGGACAAAACAAAAUUCCCUAACCUCCUCACCCUCCCUCCGCAUCACCUCUCCCCCAAAGGCCCCUCACCAUCCUCAUCCCCCUCCUCCCUCCCAACCUCAACCCAACCAUCCCCGUCCUCCUUCCUCCCCCCACCCAUCCACCUCCCCUCCCAACCCCCUCUCCACCCCUCAAACACAACCUCUUCCUCUCUACCCCCCUCCUCAUCAACAACCUCCGACUCAUUCCGAUCCCACCUCCUCAUCUCCUCAACCUCCUCCUCCCACCCAUCAAUGUACAACUCCAGCAUCUCAUCCGAAAACGCCGCGUCGCGGACCUGCGCUACGAGCGCUGCGUGUUUUUGCGCCUCGUGCU